CAUUCGUAAAUCGUGACUUUUCAUUCUGACAGUCUUGUUUAAGUUUUGCAGUUAGUACACGAGUACAGACAAGCUAUUAGUAUGGUAGAGUAUGCCAAACAGUAACAUUAAUGCAUAUUGCUGGCUUGACGUUUUUCGUUUGUACACAGUAAGACCGAGAACAGCGUCCAACAAGGUAUAGGAAUGGCCGAAGACGUGAAAGUGGGGAGAUGUUUGGAUAUGUGCCCACCACAGGAAAGAAUGGUGAGGCAAGAACAGCGAAGAUUGCAUCCUUUAGAAAUUGUUCCAGGUUCACAACAGCGUUUAAGACCUGCAACAGAUGCUGCCAGUGCAGUAAAGGAAUAUACAAGGUCAGCAGCUGGUAAAUUGGAAUCAACAGAAGAGGAACUUAGACCACCAGAUGUCCUAAUGAAAACAAUACAAUAUCUGUUACAAAAAAUUGUGACAAGGGAAGAUGUUCCUUACAGAGAUAUUUAUGACUUUGUCUUUGAUAGACUACGUAGUGUUAGGCAAGAUAUGGUCAUACAGCAGUUGGCGCCUCGCUACACUGUUGCAAUAUUACAACCUAUUAUUCGAUUUCAUUUAUACUCUGGAUACAGACUUUGUGAAGAACCAAUCAUGAACUUUGACCCACAUAUCAACAAAACUCAUACCCAGGAAUGUUUGAAGAAGCUGUUAGUUUGCUAUGAGGAAUAUGAACACAGUUUUGAUAGUCAAGUAGAGUUUGAAGUGCUGUAUUUACUGUAUAAUUUAGGUUCCAUGGAAGCGUUAUCACAUGUUUUAUCAUUACCAGAACACAUCAGGAUUCACGAGGACAUGAAGUUUGCACUUGAUUUAAGUAAAGCUUUUUUGGAAAACAACUUUGUUCGUCUGUUCACAUUGUUGCCUAACUCAACAGCUUUACAAGCUUGUGCAGUCCAGCAGAAUUUAUUGCAUAUAAAAAGCAAAGCCUUGCAAGUUGUAAGUACCGGCUUUAGCAGUAAAAACACAAGGUUUCCUGUCUCUAUACUCACUAAGUGGUUGGAUUUUACUGAAGAGUUACACACUAUUGAAUUCUGUCAACACCAUGGGCUGAUAGUGGAGAACAACUUUGUUCAUUUAAUGAAGACUGCUUUUAAAAUUCCACAAAGUUACAAUUCUACAAUGAUGAAAAAAAGCUGUCAUUUCAUCGAUGGGAAAGUGAAAAAUGGUGUUAAUCUAUUUCAAGGUAAUGAUAUGAGGGAAUUUUAUAGCAGUAAUGCUACUAAACAAUCUGGUGGUGUUUCCGUAAGAGAAGAUGUAGAUCACGGUGGGAAUAUCAGUGACAGUGAUAUCUGUCGUGGAAGGUUGACUGAAGAAUGCAUGUCAGAAAUGUUUGCAAGCAAGUGUCAGCUUGGUUUAGAUGUUGGUUCCUGUGGACGACUCAGGGGGAAAUUCAGACGUAAUUAUGAAAGACUGCCUGAACACACAAAUCAACAAUCAUUGAAUGGAGAACGAAAUAUGGGACAUUCUGUAUGUAGUCAAAGAAGAGGGUAUUGGCACGGCAGGAGAGAUGAUAGAAAUGAGGUGGACAAAUAUGGAAAUGAUAUUGACAAAAAACAACAAAAUUCAGGAAGUGAUUACCUCAUAGAUCAAGAGAUUAGGAUUGGGACUAAGUCUAGAAUAGAGGAUGACAAAGACAAUAAUCAGAAUAAAGUAGAAUCUGACGACAUUCCUGGAAAUGUGUACAAAGGAAAUUUAAGAGGAAGAGGUCGAUGGAGAGGCAGGUCAAGAGGGAGAGGAUCAAACCCAAAUGACUACAAACAAUUUUAACACAAGUUUCAGUUUUCAGUAAAUUGACAUUCAUUUGCAUGAUGCAAUACUACAACUGCAUAAAAUUUUCAAUGCAUUCCAAUGCAAUGUACAGACUU